AUGUACUGGCCCCACGGAGUUCCGCGGGUCUAUGCGAUCAAUGGCCCUGAAAUCCCGUUCACUGCUUUAGAAGAUGAGGAAUCUAUAGGACUGGAAGACUCUGUGGAGCAGAGACUAUCCUUGAAUGAUAAUGACCCUAACGAACCCUCUGUGACGGAGUCGGCAUGGGCGAGUGAAGCCAUCGGCGGUCUUUGCGUCUCUCGCACGGGUCAUAUGUUUGCGACAAUGACCCACACGUCAAUCGCCUUAUGGCAAACAAGACCUACCGCUGUUGUUGCUGCAGUUGCCCGGUCCGCUUCGUCACUCAGCACCUAUGGCCCCAACAUAACGCUUCUGAUGCACCCCGAUUCGACCAUCAUUGUCGUACAAACACUCAACGGAUAUCUGUUGACCUAUACAGUCGCUACGGACCCCCACAAUCGAGUGUACCAACAGCAUUUCGAUCACUCUACUCAGAGACAGCUUGCGCGAUUGUCCGCCGAGGAGGAUGCCAACGGGAUCCGAGAUGUCAACAUUCGCUUCCGAAUGGCCAUCAAGAUCGAAUCUGGAAUUGUAAGAGCUCUUGCUUUGGAUAACGAGCUUGUCGUGGCAACGGUGAAACCACCGGCUAUUCAGUGCAUUCGAUGGAGCCCGGACGCCAACGGUGCCCAGACCACCUCGGAACUGUUGAGCCGUAUCCUGGGUGUGUCUAAGCGGACAUCAAUAACAGACAUGGUCUACGAUCGCGCCAUCAAUCUCCUAGUCUGGGUCACCAAUGAUGGUCAAGCCUAUGCGGUCCAACGCGUAUCGGAGAAAGCCCAGGAACCAGGGGCGCCAAAGAAACUCUUCCAUGGCCAUUGCUUUCACAGCCCUAGGGUUGACGGAGAAAAGGCGAUCAAAGUGGCUGUGAACGCACGUUUUUCGCUUCUGACGGUGAACUGUGCCAACGGUAACAUUCUGGUGUAUACAGCCAAAGACUACCUAGGCAACGUUCCUCUAUCCCACAGUCUUCAACUACCAGCCUCACCGGCCACGACAGGGAAACUGAACUUUAUGUGCUACUCGCCAGAUGGAUACUGUCUUUUCGCCGGUUAUGAUCGUGGGUGGACUACGUGGAGUGUAUUUGGCAAGCCUGGAGGGAAUAGUUUCACGGCCGACCGGUCACUAGCGGAAAGCAAUGCCGAGGACUGGUUGAACGGGGUUUCACAUGGGUGCUGGAUCGCCGGAGGCUCGGAUAUCAUAUUAUCAGGACUGAGUGAUCGGCGCCUGUGGGUUUUGGAGACGGCUCGCAGCGCCUUGACGGGCUGCUUCUCGCCGGCGAAUUUAGCGAGAGGACUGCUGCAGACAGGAACGGAAGUCAUUCUUUAUCGAGGACAUGACUUACCCGACCUCAUGACUAUAUCAGGGAAGGAUUCUCUGUGGCAUCACGCGCAGUACCCUCCAAGCUAUCUUCAGUCACAGUGGCCAAUUCGAUCCAGCGUCAUCUCUCAGGAUGGGCGCUAUGUAGCCAUAGCUGGUCGCCGAGGGAUCGCACACUACAGCGUGAACAGCGGGCGUUGGAAAGUAUUUGCGGAUGCCAGUGUGGAGAAUUCCUUCGCAGUCCGAGGCGGCAUGUGCUGGUAUGGUCACAUUUUGAUCGCCGCCAUCGAAAGUGAUGGCUCCUACGAGCUGCGACUAUAUUCACGGGAGCAACCGUUGAAUAAUCAAUCAAUUUUGCAUAUCGAAUACCUCCCCUCUCCGGUGGUCUUUAUUGGGCCAUCGGGUGAGGAUUCUAUCCUUGUUUAUACAUACGAAAACAUCCUAUAUCAUUACAUCAUCUCCUCCGUGCACUCUCGAAUUACACUGGUCCCGGUUGGUCAGAUUGCCUUUAACGGAAUCGUGCGAGCCCCAACUCGAGUACGGGCAAUCAGCUGGGUGUUGCCAGAGGAUCAAUUGCGGAAUGGUGACCCGUCCCAGGAUGUAAAGCAAGCGUCCGUGCUUCUUUUAGUGGAUGGCAACCUAGUAUUGCUGCAGCCGUCGACGUCGGAUACGGGUGAGUUGAAAUACGACAUGAGAGUGAUAUCCCACGACGUUGAGUAUUACAUCUUGAUGCGGGAUCAAUUUUCAUUCAAUUUUGCCGCAUCCAUGGACGAAUCACUUCCAUCUAGUCCGGCGGCCGAAGUAGUAUUGAACAUGUACCACAACAGCCUGUCGUUACGGGACUCUCUCUGGACGUUCUGCGGAAAAGACCUGCUGGCCUGGGCCGAUGUGCAGGAUGUUCUACAGCGAGACGAAGUUCCAAAAGCCAUCCAGAUACCGCUAGACUUUUAUCCGCUAUCGGUUCUGUUAAACAAGGGCAUUGUACUAGGCGUGGAAUCAGAGAUGACUCAGCGUCGCGAUGUCACCUUUGCCGUGCUCAAGUUUGCCAUACGGAGCCAUCUAUUCCUUCCAUAUUUCUUACAGCAUUGUUUGACACACGGCGACAUGUCAGCAGCGCUGUCGCUAUGCCAACACUUUUCCCACCUAUCAUACUUUCCGCAUGCUCUUGAGAUCUUGCUGCAUCACGUCCUGGAUGAGGAGGUCGACAAUGAAAGCAGAAACAACAAAGUCGAGGACCCGUCCCAGAAACACGACCCCCUCCUUCCCUCCGUCAUCUCGUUUCUCCAGGCAUCCUUGCCCGCCCGAGUAUAUCUGGACAUUGUCGUGCAAUGCACACGAAAGACCGAACUUCGGUCGUGGCGCACGCUAUUCACCUACCUCCCUCCUCCUAAGGAUCUGUUCGAACAGGCACUCCGACUCAACUGCCUCAAGACGGCCGUGGGGUACCUCUUGGUGCUGCAGGCAUUUGAAGAUGAAGAGGGUCACGAAGCGCCGAUUGAGGACUACGUGGUGCGACUUAUUGGGCUGGCAUCGCAGAAAGGCGAAUGGGAGCUAUGCGCCGAACUGGCGCGGUUCCUGAUCGCCUUGGACCGGUCUGGCGAUAUGCUUCGACGGGCUGUGUCGCGCGCGGGACUCCGGAACGGCGGUUAUGGACUCGGACUGGCGAUCAGUCCGUCAUGGUCAUCGUCACCAGCGUCGUCGAUUUCACCACGACGAGGUUCUCGAGAGGAGCAAUAG